UUUUAUGUCUAUUGAAGAAUGCCAUACGCAUUCAAUAUUUUCAUUCUGGUCACCAUACGACAGUCCGAAGAAGUACAUUUCACGGCGAGUGUACAAUCAAGAUUAUUAGUACAAGUAGUUAACAAAUAACUCUGUUGGAACUUUAGAAUAUUUAAUGGCAGUAAUUCUUUUUCAGCUAAGGAAGAGAUCGACAACUUACAAAUGUUUCUAUCACUGAACGAACAUGACUUUACCAGACUCGGACUCACUACAAAAAUGAUCAAAACUAUACAGAAGAUACAAACACAGUACAGAAAUUACGAUGAAACUAAGAGCACGGAAGAAUGGCUUGAGGACACUAUGGUUGACGCUGAUUAUCAUGAACAAGCUGAUGUGUCCAGAAGGGUGAUCAAUGCAAACAAUCCGUAUGAAGGGAUCAUCUUGGAGCAGGUUUGAAACGUAUCAAUAUUAUAUGUGGGUCAUUCAAUCAACGUAUAUUUGUUUCUAUAUAUUCUAGAAAAUCAAUAUUGAUCGGGUAUUUGAUCGAACCGACAACGGAAUAUGCAUCAUGGAACUACUGAAAGAAGGUGGACGACCCAAGGAAACGAUUCGAAGACAAAUCACAGCACUUCUUUGCGAUUGCUUGAAAUCAUUGUAUGGAACGCACGCCAGCAACUUCUACAAAAAUCAGAUCGCCUUGUCACUGGUUGAAACAUAUCCUGCACUGAGUUCGAAGAAUGCCGAGAUUCCACAAUCGCUGUGGUUCCAUCCCCACGGAAGAGGGCUGAACCGUCAUGCUGGCAGUGUAUAUUACAGAAUGGAGAAUGUGGCAAGGCAGUCAGAUGAACGCAUAAUCAAACGCCGAAAACUUGGUGAAUUCAGCCAUACAAAUGAAAUUGAUGCGACUCUUGAACAAGAAGAUGACAAUAUGGAGGACCUUGUGCUUGAAUUGAAGUUCAUUGUUCCAAAUGUUCAAUCUAAGGUGAGAAUUGUUGAACUAUGGGAGAAAACAUUUGCAAGUCGACAACAAAAACGUACAGCGGGGACUUUGGUGGAAUAUUUGAAAGAUUUUCCCGUGAUUGGUGCCUUUAAUGGAGAACUUAUCAAACUGGAAUUUACAAAAAUCAAGCCUGGAGCGAAGUCGUUCACCGAUCACUGGGAAGAAUUACAGAAUAAGAUCCUUAAGCAGUACGCUGAUAUGUUCGUGGAGUUGAAAAACAGUAAGUUGCGUUUAAAGCUUCAAUGAGUCCACACAUUUAGAUAAUUAAUUUCCCAUAGAAUUCAUCAGAGCGCUGGCAAUAAUCCGUGCUAAAUGCCCAUCACGUGGUGUUAAGCGAAAUAAAAUCAAUGAUGCUACCAAGAAAAAUCCAUUGGCUGGCGUCAUGGAGUGGAUAAGUGUAAGAUUAUUAGAUUGCCUAUUGGAUAGGUUAUCGUAUUAUACAAGUACCUUUAAUUUUUAUUUUCAGCCAGAAGAUGAUUUUCCCACUGAUAAGAAUGGCCCGGUAUUGAUUUGCCGAGGAGCGUUCAUGGAGGAUUCAGCAGACUUUGCCGUCUGUUUGGGAUCAAUGUUGGUCAAUGUCCAACUUGACGUUGCGUCUGCAUUUGAGGUUUGGUUCGGUUCGUUUACUGCAUUCGGUUUGGAACCACCGCAACAGGACAAGCAGUUCCAUUCCUUUCUUGCCGGCGCAGUCUAUCGUGUAGGUAGUAUGAGCACUACAUGUGAGAAAUUUUUAGUUUCGCUCGAUUGAGCCUCUCCUUCUCAUGGUAGCGACGGUUCCUUUUUGAACAGCUUCUUUUUUUAAUAAUUUGCAAUUAUAAAAUCACAUUUCUGCAUCC